AUGCAACCGGUUGAUGAAGAGGGUGUAUCACAGUUUGUGGAGGCAUUAUUGAUUUUACGGAAUAACCUAAUUGUCGACAUUUCUUUGCUGAUGAAUGCACCAGAGGCUAAAUCAGAGCGUCAAAAAAAACGAAGUUCUACAGUGUCCUCGGAUCGAGAAGAUAAUUGA